GUGGAGGAACCGCAACGUGAGCGCUCGUGCAGCCGACAGGAAGACGAAUAAAGACUCUAAAAUGACGCAGUUAGACGGUAUAGUAAAACCCAAGACGAAGCGCUCCAAGCGCUUCUUGGAGGGCAGAGCGCCCAAGCUGACCGAGGAUGUGAAGACCGCCAUGAUCAUGAAAGGGGGGAACUCCAGUCUGACCGUCACCCAGGCCCUCAAGGAUAUAUAUUCCCUGAAGAAGCCCAAUGCUGUGCUGUACAAGAAGAAGAACAUAACGCGUCCGUUUGAGGACUCGACAUCACUGGAAUUUUUCUCCAAGAAGUCCGACUGCUCUCUGUUUCUGUUCGGCUCCCACAACAAGAAACGGCCCAACAACCUCGUAUUUGGUCGUCUGUUUGACUUUCACGUGCUCGAUAUGAUUGAAGUUGGGAUUGAGAAGUUCGUCUCUCUGAGUGAAAUCAAGACCAGCAAAUGUCCCGAGGGGACCAAGCCGAUGCUGGUGUUUGCUGGGGAGGCUUUCGAUACGGACAACGAACACAAACGUCUGAAGAGUCUGUUCAUAGACUUCUUCAGAGGUCCCGCCGUGACUGCGGUGCGUCUGGCGGGUUUGGAACACGUUCUGCACUUCACAGCCCUGGAGGGGAAAAUCUACAUGCGCAGCUACAGGAGUCUGUUGAAGAAGUCCGGGUGCCGCACGCCGCGGAUAGAGCUCGAGGAGAUCGGGCCGUCGUUCGACUUGGUCCUAAGGAGAACACAUCUGGCUUCAGAUGACUUGUUCAAGUUGUCCCACAGACGGCCCAAAACUCUGAAGAUCCGGAAGAAGAAGAACAUUUCCCGCGACGCCUUCGGCACUAAGUUGGGCCGGGUGCACAUGCAGAAGCAGGAUCUGUCCAAGCUGCAGACGCGUAAGAUGAAGGGCCUGAGGAAGAGGAGGGGGCCGAAGGUCGCCGAAGACCCGGACGCACAGGCGCCCAAGGUGGCCAAAGUGGAGGGCUGAGGUCGUCUUUACCAGCGUGCGUACAGAUCAACGUCCUGGACAAGUGCCCUUGUUUAUAACACUGACCGUGUGCUUAGCAUUGCCAGCUUGUGCUGGUGAGGAGGGGGCCAUGCAGAUCUAUUAUUCCUGCCCCCUAUUGUUCCCCCUGUUUUUUUCCAUGUGACUUUCAGAUACGUCUUUGUCUCGAGCGUCAGUGUGUUUGCUCAGCUCUCUGGCAAAACCACAACAGCAUCAGGAAACGGAAGAAAGUGUUUUCCAUCGGCAGUUGCAGAAGAAGUCUGCCUGAGAUUAGCUGAAUUUGUUGUUUAUAAGUUGGAGCGUGUAAAAGUUGAAUUUCACCGGCUGCACUCACUUAAAAGGAAAUAAAGCUGUCUCUUAAUUACG